AUGGCCGGCCACAAGAGCCCCCGAACAAAACACGACCCGACCAAGAAGCGCAAGUUGGAUGUCGCUGAGACCGAUUCGAGAUCGAAGCGACAGAGGGCUGAACGAAAGGCAAACAAGGCCAAUGGAGUCAAUUUGGGAAACGAGACUGGAAAGGGAGUCGUCUCUGAAGUGAACGGGAUCUCUGGAGCUUUAACAGAAGCUGGGUCGCGAGAAAUUGAGAUUGUUCGCCAGUUUGACGAUACAGAGGCAGGAUGGCGCGUCUCAAAGCCCAUGGGUGGCAGGAUGCUUGAUAUUGACCCUGUGUUGACUGCGGAUGAACAAUAUCUCAUUAUGGCCUACAACACAUCUAUCCAGGUCUACUCGGCAGCCGACUCUCUCCUUGUUCGACGAAUCCCAAUUACUUCAGCCGAAUCCUCCGAUGAGAAGACCUCAGCCCCCGCGAAUAUCGUCGCUAUGCGGCAAUCAAAGCAAAACCCCGAUAUCGUCUGGGUCGCAACCUCAGACGGCCGCGUCUACCAAGUCAAGUGGACAACGUCCAAGGCACCCGAAUUCUUCCGCACGCAGUCCAAUACCGCAAAUGCUAUGGCUCUUGUGACGAAGAAGGUUUCAGGCCAGGAAAAAGAAAUCAUCUUCGUGGCCGAGUCGGACAAGCCCGGCCGAAUAGAGGUUGUCGCAUACCAAGCCACGACAACGGAGUCUGAGCACAAGGUUGUCUUUGUUAUGAAGAAGUCGGGCAACGGCUUGCAACUGCUCGAAACAAGUGAGGACGGGCAUCUGGUGGGCGCGAUCAACGAUCGUCUCUUCUUUGGCGUCCCUUCGCAGCAAAAGUUCGAUAACCUGGCCGCUUUGGACUACGAGAUCUAUACCUUCGAUAUCCCCGACCUAGUCAGCUCUCUCGACCUUCGAGUUUACCCCAGACCGGCGACAAGCGGAAAGAAAUCGCGACAGGAGGCUUCUCCUGUUCUGGAUAUUAUUGUUGGUGGCGCUCGCGGUUCAAUUUUCUUCUACCACGAUGCGCUUGCUCGAAGCCAGGCGCUUGCGAAGUCAGGAUCCGAGAAGGAACCUAUUCAAGCACAGAACUUCCAUUGGCAUCGCAGAGCUGUGCAUGCCUUGAAGUGGUCGCGCGAUGGUAACUACAUGAUCUCAGGAGGUUCCGAAAACUCCCUCGUCCUAUGGCAAAUGGAUACAGGCAGGAAGGAUUUCCUUCCCCAUCUAUCUGGCAGUGUAGAGAACAUCACAGUCUCUGCCAACGGUUCUGCAUAUGUUGUUCACCUCGACGACAACUCAGUCAUGAUCAUCUCAACCGCAGAGAUGAAGCCUACAGCGUACAUCGCUGGUAUCCAGUCUGCCGCAAUCAAUGUCACCACACCUAAGGAUCUCCUUGUUCAGCGAACAUGGACCACACCCGCAACCGUUCAGCGACCUAUCCCAGCUGUCAUCAGCCCUACGGACCACUCAAGACUACACGUUUGUGUUGGAAAUGGCCGUCAAGCUACUAUGGCAGGAGGCUUCUCUGCUCCUCUGCUGCAGACAUUUGACCUCGAGACUUUCCGAAGCGUGUCUAAGCAGGCUUUGGCCCGCACACAGCCUACAGACGUCAACAUUACAAACAAGGGUCACCCAAUCGAGGAGCCUCUUAUCACACACGUUGCCUUCUCAGCUGAUGGACAGUGGCUCGCCAGCGUGGACACCUGGGAGCCUUCGCCACGAGAUGUGGACAGCGCGAUCAGCGACGUCAAGGAUCAAUUUAUCCAGGAACGACGAGAGGUGUAUCUCAAGUUCUGGGACGCACAACAAGGCGAAGAGCAGAUUGCGCUCGUUUCUAGGAUCAAUGCUCCUCACGCGACAACCCGUAAUGAGGCAGUGCUUGACUUGGCUUCAAAUCCUGUCUCGACAUGCUUUGCGACCAUUGGCACCGACGGCACUGUUCGUAUGUGGCGCCCCAAGACGAGAUCGCAGAACGGAGUCGUGGUAAAGGGCCCCAACGGCCGCGAGGUUUUCACCUGGAGCUGCUCUCAGGUGAUCGCUGUGGGCGAUGGUGUUCCCCAAGACGGCGUUGUCGAUAUUCCCGAGUCUUCCGGCAGCCAAGAAUCUCAAGGUAGCAUUGCUUUCUCGGAAGAUGGCUCAACUCUUUUCGUGGCUUUUGGAACCGCUGGCUCCGGCGCAAUCUAUGUGAUCGAUGCUGCAUCAGGUGAAGUGGUUAAGACCCUCGAAGGUCAAUGGAAGGGACAACUGCGAUCCAUCCGUGCCCUUUCACCUUUUGUCAUUAUUCUAUCCGAUGAGCUACGCGUCUACGACGUUGUCAGCGACGAGCUACGAUAUGGUGUUGUGAUACCCAAGUCCAAGUCCAAUGCGCUACUCCAACUGGCCGUCGAUCACACAUCGGGACACUUUGCCUUGGCCCUGCCUGCUAACGAGGGUUCUCUGCUUGCCGUCUUUGAGCCUGAGGAUAUUGAGCCUCUUCUGGUGCGCAGCACACCCCAAAGAGUUGUCAGCCUUGUUUCUUCUCCCGGCACAAGUGGCUUCAUCGCCCUGGAUGACGCCGCCCAAGUUUGGGUGGUUGCCGAGGGCUCUGACUCUUCAUCUCUCGCAACGGUCCAGCCCCUUGAGGAUCUUCGUCUUGAGGGUAUUAACGUUGAUGGCAACGAAGUUGGUCUCGUUGACGAGGACGAGGAUAUGGCUAGUGACGGAGAGGAGGACGAAGACUCGGCCGAACCCGAGGACGUCGAGAUGGAAGAUGACGACUCUCACCCCAGUGUGAUCCAACAACAGCACCUGGCAGAUAUCUUCGAUGCUGCACCAGCAUUUGCCGCGCCUCCGAUUGAGGACAUGUUCUACAAGGUUACGGGCCUACUUGCGACAAAGCCUCUAUCGGCAUCAUGA